AUGGCCGUCGAGCGAGGCAGCGCGGCCGCGUACUGCAGCACCGUAGCAGACGGCGGGUCCGUCAUAAUGCUGCGAUCCCCUCCGGACAUGCAGAGUUCGCCACAGGAGGACUGGCCCUACCGAUGGAGCGACUUCUUCCAGCGCAACGCGGUGCAGCGCGUCAUCUCCGCCGCCAUCUUGGCGCCGGCCGUGACGGUGUUCCUGUGGCUGUCCCCGGCGUUCGCCACCACGACCGUCUGCAGCUUCAUGAUCAGCACCUGCGCCUACGAGUACGCGUGUCUGGCCAACCGCAUCCGACUGCGGAUACUGACGCAAAUGGAGGCGCUGGAGGGGCCUCUCAAUGGACGAAGCUCGAGUCGGCGCUGCGGCAACAAUACGUCGCUGAAUGACACGCAAAGCAACCGCAGCUUCUCGUCCGAGACGGACGAGGUGCUUCAACUGGACCCGACGCCAUCAAUCGAGAGUGCGGCGCUGUUUAGCUCUGCGGUCCGCACGCGAGUCACGAGGUUACCGCAGCCUGACGCGCGCGCAGUGGAGGAGGAGCGGGAGAACCGAGAGAUCGCCAUUGUGGACGACGAGCUGAGAGAUCAGGAGGACCGGAUGCAUCGCUGUGCAGUGACCAGUCUAGCUCUGCGCUACUUUGACGGUCACGUGCGGUGGGCAGCGGCAUUUGUGUCGGUCCCGGUGUGCGCGUUAACGUCUGCGGGUUUUCUACUAUCGAUUCAAUGGGUGUCGGAUUUCGAGUCGACCGAGUUUUAUACGUAUCGAUGGUUUUUCGCGAUUCCGACGGGCUACGUGGUUGCGCUGUGUGCGUGUUUGACGCCGGACUGGCAGUACGCGGUGAUCACAUUGGUCAAGUACGGCGUCUUUACUAUCCUCACAUUGCACUCUGCGGCGUGUCCGAUGAACGAACUCAACUGCAACUUGGCGAUCGGUACAUCGGAGGUUUUUCUCGGUGGCACGGCGAUCAUCCUCGUGUUCCGCUUCGCGUCAACUCGUGGCCGGGCGGAGGCGUUCAUCAGCUUCAUGCUGGACAUUGUGGAGCUGCUUUACGUGACCGGAACGCUGUCAAUUCUCGUGGCUUUUGUCGAUGAUAACCACCGCACUUUGUACCGGAAGCUGCUCAUUGCGUUGCUGUACAACGUUUGGGCGUCGGACACUGGCGCCUACAUCAUCGGGAAGGCUCUCGCGUACUUCCACUAUCCGUACUACAACCCGUUUGCAGCACAUCUGUCCAAGAACAAGGACUAUGAAGGCACGCUAGGAGCGAUUAUCUUUGGAGUUGUCACGAUGGUCGUGGCGUCCGAGCUGCUGGAUCUGCCCGGCUCGUACGGCAUGAAGGUUGGCUUCACGGUGCUGGCGGUGGUCGUUGGAAUGAUGGGCGACUUGUUCGAGAGUCUGCUGAAACGCGCUGCAGGAGUUAAAGACUCUGGGACAUUGAUCCCCGGCCACGAAGGCGUGCUGGACCGCAUUGAUACACUCAUGUUCGCGACAAUUGUGUUCUCUCGCUACUACGCCUUGCAGUCCUGA